UUCCCUUCCAGCGGCGAAGCUGUGUAGUAAAUUUUGUGAUGGGAUCAUGUCAUGCCAGGUCUUGGAUUUCGGUUCAUUCCGCGGCUUCUCGAAGGAUAUCUAGUACAAUAUGAACUCACAUUGAGGGAGAUGGUGAUCUAUAUAAGAGGCUGCAGCUUACUUCACUUCGUUCCUUUAAUUUCAUUAUCCAUUGAGUCGCUCCAAACCUCAUCGCUAAUUAACCCAAGAAACUAGCGAUCUACUCUCACAACAUACUUGAUCGAUUUUGCUUUUUGUACUACCACUUACCGCAAAAUCUACAAUGGCUUCAGGGCGCUUCUUCGACCCUAUAACAUUCCUCCGCGUCGCCCCACUAGUCACAUCAACCGCCUCCCUCGUCAUCGCCAACGACUCACACCUCUUCCUCAGCAGUCUCCUCGCCGUGAAACGGCACCGCGCCGAAGUAAACGUAAUCGCACCUCGCUACUUCGAAGAAUUCUUCUGGCGCGGGCUUCCCGAGAUCUUUGUUACUUUUGGGUUAUCUAUCGCGUUUGGUCUAGCGAAUGUGUAUUACAAACCGUACGCCGCCUCCCGUUUCUGGUACGCGGGGGCUUCGGCGCUGGCGUUGUUGCAUUUCACGUUUGUACCUACGAUUGCGCAGACGGUGAAGGCAACGGUGGAGAGUGAGGAGAUUCCGGAUGGGAAGGCUAGGGAGGCUAUUCGGGGGUGGUUGGAUGUGCAUCAUGUUAGGAUGGUGGUGUCGGAUAUUCCGUCUUGGACGUGCUUUUUUGUUGCUGCUUUGAAGGCUCUGACGCCGAUCUAGGAACCCGGGCGUCGUAGGGGUACCUA